GUGAGGACGGGUUCGUGGCCUCGCUCUAAACCAAGUGGAGGAAUAUGGGCCACUGGUUGAACAGGCACCCGCAGCAGCACAGAGACCACCCGUUUCUAUGCCUCCUUGCUGCCGGCUGCUCAAUCUCGCUGGAGUACGUCCUGAUCACCAGACAGCGGUCUACGCCCCGAGACCCACCUGCACCUGCAACGACACUAACACCAACACCCACACCAAGCCCCUCCGUCAGUUUCUCGUCAAGCGGAAUCAGCAUCCCCAACGUGCCCCCAAAUAGUCGAAUCUUCUACCCAGCGGCCCACCAACACCCACACCAAGCCCAUGGACCCCCAUCCGUCAGUACCCUCCGUACAAUACCCUCCGCCAGUUUAUCGUCAAGCGGCAUCAGCAUCCCCAACGUGCCCCCAAAUAGUCAAAUCUUCUACCCAGCGGCCCACCAACACCCACACCAAUCCCAUGGACCCCCAUCCGUCAGUACCCUCCGUACAAUACCCUCCGUCAGCUUCUCGUCGAGCGGUAUCAGCAUCCCCAACGCGCCCCCAAAUAGUCAAAUCUUCUACCCAGCGGACGAGGAGCUAGAUGUAUUCAUAUUGAUUGAGAUUACAAGCGUCAAAAGAGUAGUUUAAUUUUCUUAGUAAAUUUUUCGCAAAAGAUGGAGUUUAUGAAUGGAAGUGUGAUGUAAACAGUAUCUACUUACAAAUUUUACUUUUUGAUACUUAAUUUAUAGCUGUGAGUACAAGUAGUUAAA